CCGUGUCCCCGUUUUUUUUCUAUUUCCGUAGAAAUACCUCAUCGAUUGAUUUAAACGCCAUAUCAAAAAACACUCUCCAUCACGGCAAUCACCUGCAACACCUGUCUCGGCACAGCACAGCCAACAUGUCAUCACACCAGGCGCUCCAGGGGCACCUGUGGUGUGGCAUCUUUACUGGAGCAACCACACCACGGCGGAAGAGGAGGAAGGUUGCUCCGGUUACCCCGCGAUUGCCCAUAUGUCUGCCAGCCACACCAUUGCAACCCCCACGAUUCGAGCUCCCGCCCUCUGUCCAUCGCCACUUGCCCCAAGCAAUUGCAGACAUGGUUGGCGAGAGCUCCGGCGAUGAAGACGGGCAGCAGCAGCAGCCGCAGCGAGGGCUUUCACCCGCGGACAGGGGUCUGCAGCGCCCACUGAACCUCCCCGCGCCCAUCCCUUUCCGUUUUCCCAGCACACCGGGUGGAUCCCUGGUGUAUGAACCCCCGCCACCACCACCACCACCAGUUCAACGACCCCGCCCGCAAACACAUGCCAGCACCAAGGUUUCGCUUCACCGAAUCAUCCAUAAUCAAAAUCAAGUUCAAAGGGAGUGCCUGGCAACGUUCAUCGCCAAUGUUCACGUCCUUGCGCGCCACACCACCUUCUUUAUCAAGUACUACCUUGGUGAGUUUUUGAGCUGAUCAUCCUCUACACGAUUUCCCAAACAUCACCGACAAGCACAUUAGUGUGAUAUUUGAGCUGCUAAACAAUCCAGGCUACAACGGCAAUCCGGUCAUCGCGCAAGAGUUGCGUCCACGGGUUCAAGAGUACUGUAACGUUCACGGAUUCGCCCCCAUCCGCAUGCGAAAUAGCCAACAG